ACUUGGGAGGAGCAGAUGCUGAGUGGGCCCAUUACCCCCCCUAGUCGGACGGCAAGUCAUCUAGUACGUGCUUUCAAAAACUUCUCUCUCAUAAUUUAAACAGGUUUCUGAGAUUUCUCUCCUCCAGUAGUCCCAUCUGUAGCGAUUCAAUUGCUUCCCAUUAUUUCUUCUCUGUUUUCGUUGGAGCUUUGCUGUCGUGGUGUCUGUGUCGCUAUAGAAUCAGGUUUCACUUGCUUCCGUCCGAGAUUUCUCCUUCUUUCCGAGCCUUUGAUGGCGAGGAGCUUUUGAACUAGGGGAAGAUAUGGCUUCUGGUUACAGAAAUGGGAGUGCAAAGGGGGGCGUCAAGGUUGAUAGGCCUCUGUCUGUCAAUUCUAACAUUAGGUCUUCUUCUAUUAAAUCCAAGCCCUCUCCAUCGCCCUAUAACUCGCAUGGUCUUCGGCGAAGUAGUCCGGGUUCGCUUGGUGGUUCCGCUGGACCGGUGAAGGAUGAUUCUGCAGUUUCUGGAAGAGUAAGAGUGGCAGUGAGAUUGCGGCCACGGAAUGCAGAGGAGUUGGUAGCAGAUGCCGAUUUUGCUGAUUGUGUAGAGUUGCAACCAGAGCUCAAAAGGUUGAAACUUCGUAAAAACAAUUGGGAUUCUGACACAUAUGAGUUUGAUGAAGUGCUCACUGAAUUUGCAUCACAAAAGCGGGUCUAUGAAGUUGUAGCAAAACCAGUUGUAGAGAGUGUUCUAGAUGGUUAUAAUGGGACUGUGAUGGCAUAUGGACAAACUGGCACUGGGAAGACUUUUACUCUUGGACGGCUUGGUGAAGAAGAUACUGCUGAUCGUGGCAUUAUGGUGCGCUCAAUGGAGGACAUUUUAGCAGAUAUCUCUCCAGAAACUGAUUCUGUCUCAGUUUCCUACUUGCAGCUUUAUAUGGAGACAAUCCAAGACCUCCUUGAUCCGGCAAAUGAUAAUAUUCCUAUUGUUGAAGACCCAAAAACUGGGGAUGUUUCAUUACCUGGGGCAACCCAAGUAGAAAUCAGAGACCAGCAGAGUUUUGUCGAGUUGCUACGAUUGGGUGAAGCUCAUCGAUUUGCUGCAAACACAAAGUUGAAUACUGAAUCUUCUAGGAGUCAUGCUAUACUAAUGGUCCAUGUUAAGAGGUCUGUCAAGGGAAGAGAUUCUUUUCUUUCAAGUGAUAAUGAGAACACUUCUCACUUGGUAAAAACUCUUAAGCCACCCCUUCUUCGUAAAGGCAAGCUAGUUGUUGUAGAUCUUGCAGGUUCAGAGCGUAUUGAUAAAUCAGGUAGUGAGGGGCAUACACUAGAGGAAGCUAAGUCUAUCAAUCUCUCAUUGAGUGCAUUAGGGAAGUGCAUAAAUGCACUGGCAGAGAAUAGUGCUCAUGUGCCGGUCCGUGAUUCAAAGCUUACGAGAUUGCUUCGAGAUUCAUUCGGAGGCACUGCACGAACUUCAUUAGUUGUAACUAUUGGUCCAUCACCACGGCAUCGAGGAGAAACUGCAAGUACCAUAAUGUUUGGGCAACGGGCUAUGAAGGUGGAAAAUAUGGUAAGAAUAAAGGAAGAAUUUGAUUAUAAAAGUUUGGCUAGAAGGCUUGACAUACAAUUGGACAAGCUCAUUGCUGAAAAUGAAAGGCAACAAAAAGCUUUUGAGGAUGAAAUUGGAAGAAUAACUUUAGAUGCACAAAAUCGUAUCUCAGCAGCAGAAAGAAGCCAUGCUGAUGCCCUGGAGAAAGAGAGGCUUAAAUACCAAAGGGACUACAUGGAGUCAAUAAAGAAGCUUGAGGAACAAUGGGCGAUUGAGAAGCAAAAGCGUAGCAACAAUCAGAAUGGAGUUGGGACCAAAGAUGGGUGCUUGGAUAAGACAUGUAAUGGAGAGGACACUGCAGUCUCUAUUUCUGAGGAAGUUGCUGAGGUAAAGAAAGAACUAGAGAAUGAACUUCGUUUAAAAAAGGCUGCUGAGGAGGAGGUCAACAAUCUUAAAAGUCAAUUAGCACAAUGGAAAAGAUCAGAGGCAGCUGGAAAUGCUGAGAUCAUAAAGCUCCGCAAGAUGCUGGAAGAUGAGGCACAUCAGAAAAUGAAACUUGAAGAAGAAAUCACAAUAUUGAAGAGCCAACUGUUGCAAUUGAGUUUUGAAGCUGAGGAGACAAGGAGGAGUCUUGACAGAGGUGGGCCUGGAAAAAUUUUCAAUGGCCUUGAUUCCCUUGUGACUCAAGUUAGGCAUCCACAUGCCAGAGAUCCAGGAAAUGGACACAAAGCAUCGAUUGCCAAACUCUUUGAACAAGUGGGAUUGCAAAAGAUCUUGUCACUCCUUGAGUCAGAAGAUGCUGAUGUACGAAUUCAUGCAGUGAAAGUGGUAGCGAACUUAGCUGCGGAAGAAGCAAAUCAGGAGAAGAUUGUAGAAGCUGGUGGGCUCACUUCCUUGCUUAUGCUUCUUAGUAGCUCAGAGGACGAAAUGAUACGCAGAGUAGCAGCAGGUGCAAUUGCUAACCUUGCAAUGAAUGAAAAAAACCAAGAACUUAUAAUGGCUCAGGGUGGCAUUAAUCUAUUGUCAAUGACAGCAGCUGAUGCUGAGGAUCCUCAAACUCUUCGAAUGGUUGCUGGAGCCAUUGCAAAUCUCUGUGGCAAUGAUAAGCUACAAACCAAACUCAGAGGUGAGGGUGGUAUUAAAGCAUUACUAGGAAUGGUGAGAUGUGGACAUCCUGAUGUUCUUGCCCAAGUUGCACGCGGAAUUGCGAACUUUGCCAAAUGUGAGUCCAGAGCAUCAACUCAAGGGGCAAAGACUGGAAAGUCUCUUCUGAUUGAUGAUGGAGCUCUUCCAUGGAUUGUACAAAAUGCCAACAAUGAAGCUUCACCAAUCAGACGCCAUAUUGAGCUUGCCCUAUGUCACCUGGCACAACAUGAAGUCAAUGCAAAGGACAUGAUUAGUGGGGGUGCCCUCUGGGAGCUUGUUCGUAUUUCACGAGACUGUUCCCGGGAGGACAUAAGGAAUCUUGCACAUCGGACAUUGACCUCCAGCCCUACUUUUCAAGCUGAACUGAGGCGGUUACGGAUAGAGUGUUGAAGAUGACUAGUGCCAGGCUGUUUGUGGUAUAUAUUAAAGUAGACUGCAGGUGUGGUGGUGUGAGGAAGCUAAUCAUAGGCUACACUGUUGUGGCUUGCACACGAUGAAUUGGUCUUCUAUGGAUGAAUAAGCAGGCAUUCUAUCAGGUGGGAUCCAUUUGAAGUUUUGUUAAAUGUUGGGCUUGUAAUCCUUAAAUGGAUGCGCCUUUAGGGCCCUUUAUUCAUAUUCUUUUUUUCUUUUAAUUUCUUUUCUCGUCUCUGUUGCAUUGUUUAAUUCAAGUGGACCUGCCCAAGUGUAGCUUCUUAAGAAAAAUGGUGUAGAAAUCAAUGUAUAUGCAAUGGAAAAAGGUAUUCUAUUUUCUCUAUACAUAGUCGUUUUACUCA